UCCGGUGUUAUGACCUUUGUUUACUGUCUUGUCGCCCCAGUCAAAAAUAGUAGCUCCUGACUGCUCGACGUCGCCGUCUCUACCCAUUUUUCUAUGUUGGUAGUUUCGGUUGUUCGGCUAAAAGAGCGAUAUGAAGUCCAGCUCAGCUGACAGCUUCCGGCUCUUCUGCGAUUUUUCGCCACAGAGACACGAACAAGUCAGCUAGCUAGCUAGCCGCUCCGCUCCCCGACCGACGCUGCUGCUGCCGCCUUUCACUGGCGAGUACUGCCUGAACAGGUCAACCUCAAAUCGACCAGGCUGUGAGCUGAGAUCAGCUACGAAAGCUCCGGAUGACAGAGAGGCAAAGCUGCCGUAAAAUACAGCAGAUAAACUUGAGACACCAGCCCCAGUUACAUAAGCUAAACCUACCAUAGAAAAUACAUAUUUGAUCAUCAUGGCCUCUAGUUUCUCAAAUACGGAUGAUGCGUCUCCAGCGGCUCUGACAGACCUGUGCCUCACCUACGUGAGCCAACACCUGGACUGUUUCUGUGUGAAGCGGCCGGACGGCUCCCUGUGCUUCAGAGAGGCUGUGCUCUUUCCACAGGAGCUGGCAGACCAGCUGCUGGCCAAGAUGGCAAUGGAAGGUCUACUGAACGACAGCACGGUGGGGGUGUUUAGGAACUGCGAACACCUGCGACUGCGGCGGGCCUGUGUGCGUACAGCACGGAUCUCUGCAGAGGCCUUCCAGAAAGCCCUGUGCCCUCACAGACUGCUGGAGCUUGAUGCCACCAGGGUCAACGCUGACCUAACAAUCCCCGACAUUCUCCAGGGGUUGGCCACUAAUAAAUACUGUCAGGAAUCCCUCCAGCGACUUGUCCUGACCGGUCUCACCAUGUCCUCUCUGGAGGAGCCGAUCUGGUAUCAGUUCAGUGCGCUCCAAGGCAUGCGCUCCCUCUCUCUAGCGAAUGUUGACUUCUACGACUGUGGGUUGGUUGAUGUGUGUUCCCUGCCGCGCCUGGAGAGCCUUGAUCUCUCCAACACCUCCAUCACUAACCUGACCCCCCUGCUGGGCCUGAAGGAGCGGCUGCGCUCUCUGACGUUACACCAGCUGAAGAGGCUGGAGAUGAGCACCGCCCAGCUGCUGGGAGUCAUAGGCCAGCUGAAUGUUUUGCAGCACCUGGACAUCAGCGACGACAAACAGUUCACAUCCGACAUCGCUCGUCAGCUGCUGGGGCAGCGAGGGAUCCUGCCAGCUCUGGUUUCCCUGGAUGUCUCAGGCAGAAAACAGGUGACCGAUGCAGCUGUGAAAGCCUUUGUUGAGGAGAGACCGGGGAUGACUUUUAUGGGACUUCUUGCCACAAAUGCUGGAUUUUCCGACUUCCUUUCUGGAGGAGGGAAUUUAAAGGUAACGGGCGAAGCGAACGAGACUCAGAUCUGUGAGGCUUUGCGGCGGUACAGCGAGAGGGAGGGCUUUGUGAGGGAAGCUCUUUUCCAUCUGUUCAGCCUGACACAUGUUAUGGAAAAACCGAGGCCGGACAUCCUAAAGCUUGUAGUGUUGGGCAUGAAAAACCAUCCUGGCACUCUAAACGUCCAGCUGGCAGCCAGCGCCUGUGUCUUCAACCUGACCAAGCAGGAGCUGGCGGCGGGAUUGCCGGUCCGACUGUUGAGUACCGUCACUCAGCUUCUUCUUGAGGCCAUGAGGACUUUCCCCAACCACCAACAGCUUCAGAAGAACUGCCUUCUGUCUCUGUGCAGCGAUCGCAUUCUGCAGGAGGUGCCAUUUAACCGAUUUGAAGCUGCCAAACUUGUGAUGCAGUGGCUCUGCAACCAUGAAGACCAGAACAUGCAGAGGAUGGCUGUGGCUAUCAUCUCCAUACUAGCUGCUAAGCUGUCCACAGAGCAAACAGCCCAGCUGGGAGCAGAGCUGUUUAUAGUGAAGCAACUGCUCCACAUUGUGCGUCAGAAGGCAACUCAGGGCGUGGUGGACGCAACUCUGAAGUUCACCCUGAGCGCACUGUGGAACCUCACAGACGAAUCGCCCACAACCUGUCGCCACUUUAUCGAGAACCAGGGGCUGGAUCUGUUUGUUAAAGUUCUCGAGUGUUUCCCCAACGAGUCUUCUAUUCAGCAGAAGGUUCUCGGCCUUCUGAACAACAUCGCUGAGGUGGGAGAGCUGCACGGAGAGCUGAUGGUGCAAGGCUUUCUAGACCACAUCAGCAAUCUGCUCCACAGUCCGGAGGUGGAGGUCAGCUACUUCGCCGCGGGCAUCCUCGCACAUCUGACAUCACGUGGAGAGGAGGCCUGGACGCUCAAGCCCAGUCUGCGCUCCUCUUUGCUGGAACAGCUGCACGCGGUCAUCAUGAAAUGGCCGACACCUGAGUGUGAGAUGGUGGCAUACAGGUCUUUUAACCCAUUCUUUCCCCUCCUGGAGUGUUUUCACACCCCUGGAGUGCAACUGUGGGCGGCCUGGGCUAUGCAACAUGUGUGCAGCAAGAAUGCCUCUCGCUACUGCAGCAUGUUGUUGGAGGAGGGCGGCCUUCAGCAGCUGGAACACGUUCACAAACACCUACAGACCCACACAGACGUCAGGCUCCUGGCUGGGAGCAUUCUGGAGAACCUGCAGCGCCACCGAGCCCGCACAGGCCAGCCGGCACACACAAGCCACCACCCGCCGCAGCAAUGACCUAUUCCAGAGAGAGUGGUCCCUGAACAAGAAAAAGGGGCGGAGUCAGGCGCCACUACAGUGCCGGGAGUUUGUGUCUGCAGAAUGAAUCCAUAUCCUGCACACAAACGCAUUAAAAGUCAACGGACUCAUCGACAGAGACAUUGCAAUUUGCACAACCUAACUGUAUUUAUUUUCUGUGUUUAUUUCAAAGCAAAAGUAUCUCUGUAUAUAAAUCUUAUGGCUAAAAACGUAUAAUAUGAAAAGCUCUUAGUCAGUUCAGCUCAACAUUGAGUUUUUGUGUGUGCUCAUCCUGUUAGGCGUCAUGGGGAUUUUCCUCCCGAUAACACGGGACCUUGGGAGCCUUUGGUUGAAUGCUGUGGUUGUUUGGAUUGGUGACCUCUUUAAAUGUGUGCAUGGAACUGCUUUCAGCUAAAGCAUGCAGGUCUGAAUGCUCAUUUUUGUUCCUUUUAGGAAUGCCUGUGUCCGUGUCUCUAGCUGAAAGCCACAGCUUUGGGUCUGCAGGACUGCUGGAAGCUACCCUCUCAAGUUUUUCUGAAAUCCAUCCAUGUUUCUGACUUCACAUGGCAGAUUAUGAAAGUGUUCAAAUAUUCCAAAGUUUUGAAAAUCCAGAGGACAGUAGACUAUUUAAAGCAGUGAGCAUAAAAACCUCAACACGUAAGCACUCUUCUGGGUGGAAAUGCUGAUGUGGAACAGUCCUGAUGGAUCUGAGACGCGUCUCUUUUUUUUAUUUUAGCAGGUUUUUUGUAAAUAUUAGGUGAAAGGCAGAGACGGCACUCCCUGUGUGCGAGCACGCCUGUGCAGCAGCUGCAUCUUCAGGACUCUAUGAAAAGUGUACAUAAUAGACAAAGCAGGAAAUGUUCUGCACUGCUGUACGGUUGCAUGAAAAUGAUCUCAUCGCCCAACUCUUUCCUCGUUGCAAGGCAAACGGCAGCCUCAGGUCAGAAGUUCCCCUUAAUGCCUGACACUGCUGGAGGCAAAGGAGAUGCUGCAGUUCAGAAGACUUGCACAAACUCUACAAAAUGGUACUUUAUCAGUCAAGCAUACCUGCAGUCCACUUGCUCAGUAAAAGAUCGCCUUAGGAGUCAUUUCUUCUGCUGCUGGUUAUAGCUAUCCAAUCCUUUAUUUGCCCUCUGAUUGAUCAGUAACUUAAAAAGGCGGUCGAAAUCAAAAAAGAUUUCUU